GCUGGUGGUGCAAACAGUUUAGCCUCAUACUGGGAACAAGAUGUACAUAUAAGUGCAACUGUUGUGGACAAAAGUGUAAAUAAGGAAUAAACGGAUCCUGUUGCAUUACAUCAAAAUCAUAUUUACACUGUCGCGCUUAACAAUUCUUGCCCACAGCAAAAUGACACAUCAACGCACCUCAGCUGCACUGACAGCAAUCAACUAUCAUCAGAUAUGGUUCGCAUUAUUUGUGUCUAUUAUGUGGUUGGCGCACGACGCAUGCGCCUUGCCCGUUGUUGGUAGCGUCAAUACGCUGACGGGUGGCAUGCCACGCCAUGGCACACGUCAACAGAUUGAGAUGCAACAAUUAUUGCUGAACGAAUUGCUGAACAAUGUUAAUGAUGAUACACUCUACAAUGAACUGAAAAAAUACCAACGCCAACAGCCCAACUACCUAAGCAAAUGGCCAGGCUUGCGUGAUCUUUUGCUAAUUCCGGAUUAUGGCGAAGAUGUUGGCGAUGAUUCUGGGGCUGCUGAUGACAGCUAUGAGGCGGCAAAUACGCGCUUUAUUGAACGUCUACGACAAUUAGCCGCAAAUGCUGUUGAUGGCAUAGAUGAUGCACGCGCUGAUAGUCAGUCCUUUGGGCCACCCACUAUGCCACUGAAGAAGAAACCUCAUUCAGCGCCGGCUGCAUUUAAAGAUCAUGGCAUUAAGAAGAACAUACAAUUACACAAACAAUAUAUGUCUCCUUGUCAUUUUAAAAUCUGCAACAUGGGACGCAAAAGAAAUGCUCGCUUCUUUGAGGACUAAGCACCUAGGUUAGGCGGACAGCCUAUCUACAAAACUGCAUACAAAUUUCUGGCCGGCCGAUGCUACUUAAUAAUACCUACAGAGCGCAGCUAAAUACAUUCAUACAUUCAUACAUACAUACGUACAUAAAUGCACAAAUAAAGAAAUUUGUUGGUUAGUUGAUAUUUAUGUAUUGACAUAAGUUUAGUAAAAAGGUAAUAGAUAUCACCAUUUCAGGGUUGGGGAGACGAACAAGAAAGUAUUUACAAACACACAUGUAAUUCAAAUAAAUUCAUUCACACACAGAUUUAAAUUAGGCAACCGACAAGCGGUAGAUGGCAUGAAAUAUUGUGCUACUUUAAACAUAAAAGUAUUUGUUGUCUCUUCAAAAAUAUAGUUUUA